GCUUGAUGCACUAGUUACUAGCAUAUGCAUAUAUAUGAAAUUUCUGACGUUUUUACAAUUAAAAAACAAUUGGAACAAGUAAGGGCGAAGGCUACUGUUACUGACAGAAUUUGUUUACCAGACUAUUAACUCACGCCUUACUCGUUUCAGUCACGCAAGUCUUGUUUAAGUGAUGAUAAUGGGCUACUGGACGCGCACACUUACCGCCAACACCAACUGUGCAACUACAAAACUUGCGCAAAUCACAUGUUCCGAGUAAAAACCCAAAAAAAAGCCAUAGCGACUGUGCGGGCGUAAAGAAGAAAGGUGUUGCUGUCGAAACUGUUCUUUAACACAAAUUAAGUCUUUACUAACCCACACUAAUAUAAAUAACGUAUGCAUACUCAUACUCCGUCCACCAAGUAAUAACCAUUGCUCAUGCAAUGCCCAAAUCGCAUUUGCUCCAACUAUAUACACUUUGUGCAAGCUCUGUAAUCAUAAGAGAAAUUUCAAAAUAUUUAUUGCAACAUUGAGCUAGUUCUGUCAGAUUGUCAAUGCAGUCAAUAGUAUUUUUGUUGUAUUUUGUGCAUAGAUCUCUUGUAUCUGGAUGAUGAAAGCAAAAAACGCAGCUGUGAACAAUAGCUCGCGAGUGGCUGACCUGAGCGUGCACUAAAACCCUGUGACUAUGACUACUUCAGAACUGGACAGCCGCAAUAUCGCAAUUUCCAUGAGAAAGUCUGUGGAAAACCUGGUAAUAUCGUCUCAAGACGCCAUCGGCCAGAGCAUCAGCCAGGCCCUGACCUUCUCCGGAGUCAUCACACAGCACACCAACCAGAUCCUGCAGGAAACCAAAAACCUGUCACGUUCGCCAUCUCCAUCUUUACGGAAUCCUGACGCCGAACAGCUAGAAAAUGACAAGGAUGGAGCCCCCGACUCGGUGUCCCUCGGCAGCGUCAGCGAGCUUUCCCUCCCUGCGGCCGUUGCGCUGCGGAGCGAACAGAGGGUAUCCUCCGCCGGCCAGCGUACAUCCGAAGGUCGCACCAAGAAGAAGAGCUGGUACAGCUCCUUCUACCCGACCUACAAGAGUAAGUGUGAGGACUUCAAGCGGCUCUUCAAAGAUCUGCCCGAUGAGGAACGACUUAUUGUUGACUACUCGUGCGCGCUACAGAAGGACAUCCUGGUCCACGGGCGGCUGUACGCGUCGCAGAACUACCUCUGCUUCCACGCCAGCAUCUUCGGGUGGGAGACCAGCUUAUCAUUACGGUGGAAAGAUGUCACUGCUAUUACCAAGGAGCGAACAGCUCUGGUGAUACCAAACGCGAUCCUCAUCUGCACGGAAACUGAGAAGAAUUUCCUGACAUCAUUCUCUGGCCGGGACAAAUCGUAUCUGAUGCUGUUCAGGAUCUGGCAAAACGCGCUCAUGGGGCAACCUGUCAGUAGCCAGGAGAUAUGGCAUUGGGUCCACAAGUGUUACGGUGAAGAGCUAGGCUUCAACUCCGACGACGAGGGAUAUUCGCGAGACUUGCCCGAUCCAGCGACUUUGCCUGAGAUAGUCGACCCGCCCGACACCGCCUCUGAGGAGUUGGCGGAGACAUCGUCGAUGGACGCGGGUGGCGACCGCGACGAGUCGCGCGAGCGAAACCAACGCGUUCGAGAUUCUUCGCCCACAGUGGGCAACGGCGGCGGGCUGGGCGCGGACGGCGACGCGCUGCCGACGGACAUGUCGGACUCCAGCGACUCCGAGCCCGACAAACCGCACAAUGGUGGUGGCGCAGAGAAAUGCAAUAACGCCCACACCGGCAAAGUGUUACUCCGUCAAGAGUUCCCGUUCCCCAUCGACCAGAUGUUCACAAUGAUCUUCACCAACUCCAAGUUCAACCUGGAACUGCUGGCUGCGAGAGGCACUACUGAUUACGUUCAGGCUCCUUGGCAACCAGCGGCAGGCCUAAAAUGCCGGCAAGUUAGUUACACAUUAGGGCUGACUUCUGGGCCCAUCGGACCUAAGGAGGUGCAUGUUACUGAGACACAAGUAAUGAACAAAUGUUCGUGUCCCGGACACCUAUAUUCCAUCGACUGCACGACAGAGAACGCGGGCAUACCGUACGCGGACUACUUUACCGUUGAAGUCCACUAUUGCUUGCAGCGGGUAGCAGAAAAUUCCACAAGCUUGCAGCUUUUCGCGCAAGUGCGGUAUAAAAAGACCAUGUGGCCCAUGGUUAAAGCAUUCCUGGAAAAGAACACAAUGUCGGGUCUAGACGACUUCGCGCGGCUCCUAGAGGCGAGGCUGCUCGCCGAGGCGGAGGGCGCGCAGCCCGCCAAGCGGAAAGGGAGGCGCACGCGGAGGCAGACAGCAUCAUCACAAGAAGCGGCCGCAGCCUCAGUAGUAAAACCAACUGCGGCUGUCUUAGCCCCCCGAGCCAGCGUAUCCCGACCAGCGGGACAGAACAGUUCCUGGCUCGUCGGGAUACUGGUGUUACUACUGCUGCUCAACGCUCUGCUCUACUACAGACUCUACUAUUCCGCACCGAAGGCUCUGGACGCCGCGGAACUACAAGAUAGAAUAAAUUCUCUGACUGGCGCGCAACUAGCGGACUGGUCGGCGCUGCUGGAGACGCACGCGCGGCGCCAGCGCGGCCAGCUGCUCGCCUGGCGCCGCGCGCUCGACGCCGCCAGGCAUCACCUCGCGCAGACGGAACAAGCUCUCAAAAACCUACUAGAAACGAUCAAACCGACAUUAGAAAAAGACGACGACUCGCCGCGGACUGACCUCUGAGCGGCCACCGCUCCCAACAUGGGCCGGGAUUCGUCCAACAUUGGGUUGGAUUCGUUCAACAUUGACUUGGAUUCGUCCAACAUUGACAUGGAUUCGUCCAACAUCGUAUUGAGUUCUCCCAACGUUAGCUUGGAUUCGUCCAAUGUUGCCUCGAAUUCGUCCAAAGUUGGCUUGGAUUCGUACAACAAUGUUUUGGAUUCGUCUAAAGUUAUCUUGGGCUCGUUCUACAUCGGUUGGCUUCGUCCUACAUUGGUUGGAUUCGUACAACACUGUCCAAGAUUAAUGCAAUAUGGCAAUGACUCGCCUAUUAGUCAGUGUUGGUCAAAUGAUCAAUAUGUUGAUCCUAACCUUUGACAAGAAUAAGUGCUUUGGUACCGACAUAUUGUUGACUGUCGAAAACUGAAUUUUCAUUAAAAUGAGGUCAAUAUAAGUUAUAUUGUAUAUUUUGUGACAAAAUUAGGUACCUAGAGUCGGGCCACGCUAAGUUUUCAUGCAAAAUGCUACGUCAAGUAUGGAGCUUAUAGAGAUAUCACGUGAUAUGAAGUUUGUGCAAAGUUAGCGUGCUUAGAGUCUAUACAUUUUUCCUAUCCAGCUAAGUUCAAAAUUUUAAUGUCGUUUUGAUUUGACUUGAUUAUGAUCACAAAUACAUUCAAUAUUUUAGCCAUAAUACCUUGGACGUGGUCAAUUAUGUCGGUAAUGUAAUAUAAUGACUUAUGUUGGCACAGUAUGUGGAACAUAACAAAAUAUGUUGGUCAUAUAAUAUGGAACAUAACGAAUUAUGUUGGUCAUACAAUAUGGAACAUAACGACUUAUGUUGGUCGUAUAGUCCACUAUAAUGAAUUGUGUUGGUCACAGUAUGUGAAACAUAAUAAUUUAUGUUUGUAGUGUAUCCACAAUUGUGGGUUACUAUUGUUUUCGACGCUGCAGCUACGGCCGGCGCGGAGACAAAUGUGACAUUCACAAGAAAAAGGUACCAUUGUCGAUUGUCAAUAAAGCCAUAGUAACAUAAAGAUGCAAUUAGAAAUUGCUUUUAUAGACAACCGACAAUAUACAUUUAGUCUGAAACUGUCACGUACAGUCAAGUGCAAAAGUAUCGAAUAAAUCGUCUCAUAAAUAUGGUACUACGCUCUUAUUACACUGGAAUAAGAUGCUAUGGGACAUAUUUUUGAGUAAGAUGUGUACACCCAUAUUUUUACACUUGGCUGUAUAAUGCUCUCGGAUCUCGAUUGCUUUUUACAUUUGUAUAUUUCAUCGAAAUAGCGACUAAAUAUUAAAAGUAACGAUUUUUUUCCGUGGAGAUAUCUGAAGAGUCGAGUGUACCUAAAUAAAUUGAUGACAAAUAUCCAAUUAAAAGAAAACAUUCACGGUGAGGUAGCCGCGAACCCCCGCAGCAUGUGUCAGCAAGUUUUCUAAAAUUGAUGUAGUCAACUUCAGGAGUGCCUACGACGCUCUCAUAUGAUGGAAUUUCAUCCAUCUGCAUUAAAUCUCCAUCUGCAAAAAAAUGCAAAAUUUUAGUAAAAAUUGGAUGCAUUUGAAAUUUAAAAUAUCGUGUAUAGUUUUAUUUAUGUCAAUGUUUCAAAAGUGCAAAAAUGUUUGGCCUACCCUGGAUAACGAUAUUAAGUAUAAUUAAAUCAACUUCACGUUUCAUAAAUCAUUAACGAUUUUCUGGCUGUCGGUACCGUAUCAGUAUAUCUUUUGAUUAAUAAUUAUAAAUGCUUGUAGAAAUUUGGAUUAUUAAAAAAAAAAUACACCUUAAAGUGUAACAAAAGAUGGCGUUAAACGCUAAUAUGAAGCUAACGAGCUUACAUUUUCAAAGGUUCAGUGAAAUAUUUAUUUUAUUACCUUAGGAAAAACUUAAAACAUACAAUGCACGUUAUAUUUUAAGUUUUGUCUCUUUCUAACUAAUAAAAGGCGACAUUUUCGUUGACAGAAAUAAAUAAAUUAUAUAAUAUAAUAAAGAUCAAUUUGGCAUUCACUUAAAUCUUGGAAAGUGGGUACUUUUAUAUAUAUAUACCUACAACUUAUCUGCUUUGCCUAAAGGUUGACAGGUAGAGAAUGCCUUACGGCAUGAAGUUCGCCUAUUGUACAGUGUAUUUUCUUAUGUGCAAUAAAGAUUAUAUAAAUAAAUAAAUACUUUUAGUUGACAUUAGGUAAACGUGAUAAAUAAAAAAUAUGGAUUUAAUUAGUUUCUAAUUUAAAUAAGGAAGUGUGUACAAAAGCAAUCUGAUGCGAGCGCAUUAUAGUUUUAUUAUUAAGCUUAAUUAAAUAACUAUGUAAUCUGCUAGAGGUUUUCCAGCCGUGUGCAAUAAAAUCCGGGUCCGGCAAUCCGGAUUCACCAAAGAACCUUCAGUAGCAGCCCUUUAUAGCUCGAUGUUACAUUGGCAUUUUAUGAUUAUAUAGAAUAAAUAAAUAAAUACCUCUAUAGGUAUUGUCUGCCUAUGUCCUAGGUGACCUAGGUAAAUGUAAACUGGGGUGACUUUGGUAAACGGGGCUAGAUUGAAACUAUAAUAAAAUCAGUUUUCUUGUUUAAUCUGUGUUAAAAAAGAUCUUUGGCAAUAAAAAUGUAAAUUUUGCGAUAUUUAAUCGUGUUUAACAGCAUUAGAGGUAUCACGCACUGCGUUUUGACACUUGAAAAAAAUGCGUAUAUAUAAUAAAUGUUGUACAAUAUGCUAACUAAAAAUUUAAAUCUAAUAAUUUAUAAUCUUCUAAAAUUGUACACAUUAAAAUAUUUGUGAGAUAGGGCCUAGUUGUAGAGAUAAAAGAGAAAUGAAAAUGCUACUUUUUCGUAAAAAGACUUGGGUGCCAAUAAAAAGACUUCUCUUACGUAGAAUACAGAAGUCUUACUUAGAAUAACAUUAUUUUUAGAUUAAAAUAUGGCACCAUAAAUACAAAAACAUACUUACUGAAGUAGUGGAUUAAAAAAGAAUUCCAUAUAAGUAGAUACGAUGCCAAUGCAAUAAUGUCUCGAAAGUAGAAGUUUAAAACGAACGUGUACAGUCGGACCAAGCUAGCUCUGCAUGGCAUUAGCAAUGCCAACGUGUGUCAAUGUCCUCAUGAAUGUCAAAUUUCUAUGAAAACGUAUCGUUUAUCAUGACACACCCUCACUUUGUUCUGUUCAAGUAGGUGCAAAGUUAGGCGGACUCUUAUCAAUGUAAUAUCGAGCUAUAAUUUAGACGAAAACCUCACAGAUCCCCACUGUGAUAAGUAGAUACAUUUAAUUUUAAUCCUGUAGUUGUAUCGUUUCGAGUUUCGACGUAUCGGCGCCAAGCGUCUGUGGCACUUCGGCGUUUUACACUAUUUUUAGUUACUUAAGUUGCCUCAUGUUCAGUUGAUCUUAGGAUUUAAGUCAUUCAAACGGUGGUUUUAUAUGCCAGAUAGAGCUACUAAAACCGAUCAUUUUAGUACAGACGCCAUCAGAGCGGCGAAGGUGUUUACAAUUAUCUGAAAAAGCCUCUAUUAUCAAAACAUUAAAGUUCAUCUUCAGAUAUUUUUGAGUACCUUUGCCGCUCCAAUAUAUCUGAUGGUGACUGUAGAAAAGCAGGACUAUUAGGUAGUAAAAAGACUAAUCGAAACGUCAUUUUUAUCGGAUAUAAAAACACGACUAAGUGAUAGACAUAGUUUCAAUCUUAUACGUAAAAAUGUAGCUAUUAAGACGCGCGAGUUAUUUGUCUAUUAUUGUGAUCGGAUUAGCUAGUUUCUAUAUGUAUAUACAACUGGGAAGAUGUCGAGAAAUUACAAUAAUACAAUUAUUAAAUUUCAGAGGGUUUAAGACCAAAUUAAAUUUGUUAUUAAUUAUUGAAUGUUGUCCCAAAAUACAAAGAUGAGAGAAGAUCAAAAUGUAUCGAACGAAUUUCUUGCGGGGUUCAACGCUUUUCAAGUUAUCACAAGGUUUACACAAACUAAUUAAUGUUUUUUAUUCGACAGAAAGUAAAACCAACUCCUAAGAUCAACUUAGCAUAUCAGAUGUUCAAUUGAGAAUGGACAACUGCUUUUUAAGCCCAGAAUGUGAAACUCCCAUUAUAGGCCUAGUACUAGUAUGCCUGAUCGCUUAUGAAAGUUCCUAAGGGCUCAUUUAGAUGGCGCGGGAAUUCGCAUGCAAAUUUAGUUACAUUGCGUGAGGUUACAUCCAAAUCAGCCGACCGAUCAAAUACCGCAAUGUUAAUGAAAUUCGCAUGCGAGUUCUCGCACCGUCAAAAUUGGCUCUAAGUCGAGGAAGUAAAACUAGAGCGAACCAGGUCAUGACAAGUCCAAAGUGAGGGAGUUUUCCGAUGUCAUUGAAAACUGACCACUCCUAUGUACUUGUGUAAAAUAAGACUUCGACAUGCCAUUGUGAAACUGACAUUAUAAUUUCGUUUGGCUUAUUUUUUUCUCACUCUGGGUUGCAGUGCUUCUCAAUUGAACGCUUUUGAUGUGGUAAUACUUGUCUUAAUUUAAAGUUUGAUCCGGGCGAAUAUGAAAUCGAUGCGGGGUCAAUCUGAAUAAACUAUUAAAUCAUACUAGAGUGCGGAGUAAGCCUGAUUAUAGGCGUAAAAUUUCUCAAUUUAAAGAAAAAAUAUAAUGUAAGCUAAUUGCAAUACCUAAGUAGGUAUUACCUGUGUCACAUUUUUAUAAUGGUACAGUCAAAGAAUUUAAUUUCCUACCCAUUUCGUACCUUGUCACUGUGACAAGGUACGAAAUGGUACUGAAAUUAAAUUCCUUGACCGUACCUAUGUUCAUUACUCGAGUGAAAGUUGUUACAUUGACCCCUCGUUUACACUCGCCCCGAUAAACGUAACAUAUAAAUGUAGUAAUGGCGUAACAUGAAGCAUUUAUAUGAAUUUGGAAUUUAUUUAAUUUUAAGUGUAGGUCAAGUGGCUGUUGUAAUAUUUUAAUUAUUUGAUACAUAGGCAUUUAUGUAUGGUAACUGGGUUUAAUAGGUGGCUGCAUUUCGGUGACUGGGCUUAUUACUGAUAAAUCAUUUGUGAUUGUAGUGGAGACUAAGUGGGACUUUUUCUUUGCACCAUCACAUUUUAACCUUGUUUUUGUUAUCGCGAAACUUUGGCAAGAUGUGUUUGCAGACCUUUACCGCUACGGUUACAAACGCAGGGUUAAACUGAUUUACCAUACUGCAUUAUAUCUAAUGCGUUUAGGAAUUUUUCAGCUUAGAAAUCUAUUUUUAAAUUUGCGCCCAAAUUAAACUAUUAUAAAAUAUGUUAGCAAUAAUAAUGAUAAUUCGGUGUGUCGUCCUUAAAUUAGACUUUAGAGGAGUGAAGCAAAAUGUAAUUGUCAUUAUUGAUGUUUUUACUUGAUCAACCGCCAACGCAAUAUAACGCUUCAUCAUCAUUUGUUGAUUAUGUAUCCAUUGAUAAAAGUCAUGAACCCUCUAACUAAUCUAUAGAUCUUUUAUGUGUUGACCAUACAACAUAUUGUUAUUAUACAAAAUUGAAACCUCAUAACCCGGGGUUACAUUACAUAAAAUGAGGGGUGACUUUGAUCAAAAUCUGAACUAUAAUAAUACGUAUAAAUAUCACCUUGCAAAAAAAUUGUUUUUGUUGCGCGAUCGGUUGCCAAAGUAUUUUAGAUAUUUGCCUCGCGGCUUUGAAUUUGAGUACGUGUCAACUGGGGUAAUGCCUACUUUACACUAGUUUGUCAGUACCGGUCGCUACUUACAAUAUCAACAAACUACAAGUACUGAACUAGUGUGAACUAUACAUAAGUUAUGAGGGUUUAGAUGUAAUAGAUAAAUUUAAUUCAGCAAAUAUAAGUCUAUAGCCUACCUGCCCAAAUAGAGAAUUAUAUCCUUUAAAUGAUGCUAUAGUACAUUGAUAUCCAGAACCAUUAUUAGGAGAAUCAGUAAAGAGUAUUAUAUAAAAUUAUGAUUAUAAAAAAAUAUAUCCUGUGCGUAAACUGUUAUUUUUCAGUUUUGUAUUAUAGGUUGCGAUCUCUUAUUGUAAAAAUGUAGUUAUUCGGUUUGUUUACCAUCUGCGGUGCUUCUUAUAAUAGAAUUAUUAUCUUGGGGGCAUAAAUAUAUUCAAACUUUGUACAUAAAAUGUACAGGUCCUUUCAUACUUUCAGUCUAAUUCUGAAAUCAUUAUGAAAGCUUUUUAAAAUAUACCUAACCUACCUACAUUACUGGUGGCGUUCCCAAAUUAGACUGCAUUUAUAUGAAAGUUUUCAGUGACAAUCAUACGUUAACAUUAGUCUACUUUUAUGCUGCCAAGAUAAUAGCCUUCCUAUUUUCCUUUUUGUUUAAAUUAUUUUAUUGUAAAAAAAAAAAAAAAAACAAA